AUGAGUUUUAAUCAGGAUGGGGACCUAAAAGCUCAUAAGAGGAAACACACAGGAGAAAAGCCUUUCCAAUGUUCCCAGUGUGGAAAGAGUUUUACUAAGAUAGGGCAAUUAAAAGAACAUGAGAGAAUACACAAAGGAGAAAAGCCAUUCCAAUGUUCCCAUUGUGGAAAGAGUUUUACUCGGAUAGGAAACCUAAAAAAGCAUGCGAGACCUCACACAGGAGAAAAGCCUUACCAAUGCUCCCACUGUGGAAAGAGUUUUGCCGUGUUAGCUAACCUGAAAAGGCAUGAGAGAAUACACACAGGAGAAAAGCCUUAUCACUGUUCCCACUGUGGAAUGAGUUUUACUCAGUUAUGGGACCUUCAAGCUCAUGAGAGGAUACACACAGGAGAAAGGCCUUUCCAAUGUUCCCAGUGUGGAAAGAGUUUUACUCAGAUAGGGCACCUGAAAGCUCAUGAGAGGAUACACACAGGAGAAAAGCCUUACCAAUGUUCCCAGUGUGAAAAGAGUUUUACCAUGUUAACUAACCUGAAAAGGCAUGAGAGAAUACAUAGAGGAGAAAAGCAUUUUCUGCUCCCAGUGUAAAAAUAGAUUUUCACGAAUGGCAGACCUUAAAGCUCAUGAGAGGAUACAGAAG